AUGGAUGAUGAUGCAGUCAUUGAUGAUGGUCUUGCUGAUAGGAUCUUUGAGAGUAUGUUGACACGUCUCCAUGACAAGUUUCCUGCAGUGAGGGUUCAAGCUGUUGCUGCAAUCUCACGACUCCAGGAUCCAACAGAUGCUGAAUGCGCUGUGAUUUCCUCUUAUUUAAAGCUCAUGUCAAGUGAUUCUAGCGCUGAGGUUCGCAGAGCCGUGCUUCUGAACAUUGCUCUCUCCACUCAAACACUAGAGGGGGUUAUAGGUACUGCUCAACAAAACUGUUUAUAGUUAAGUAUUUAAACAAAGGGAUGAAGAAGAAAAUGAAUAAAUGAUUAAACAAAUGAAUAAAUAAACAAUUAAAGCAAAUUUUGAGGGGUAGCACGUCCACAUAGUGGUUCUUCAUUUACCUGAUUCCUUUAAUUUAAUUGGAAUUUGGAAAGGGAAGUGAAUUUUUGUCUGUUGUUACCAGUCUGUUAUGGCUGGAGACAAUAGAAGUGAAGGUCUUCCAGAAAACCUCACUUUGCAAGCUUGUUUUACAGUUUUCAGGUUGUUUAUGGGUAGUUUUUUUUUCGGUUUUGUUAUUCAGGAAGGACUCAAGAUGUUACAGAAUCAGUGCGCAAGUUGGCUUAUCGCAUUCUAGCAGAAAAAGUGAACAUCAGAUCAAUGUCCAUUGCUCAGAGAAUGCAGCUCCUGUCAAAUGGAUUAAAUGACAGAUCAGAUUCUAUUAAAGAGCUGUGUACUCAGGAACUUCUUGGUGGUUGGCUGAAAAGUUUUGACCGGGAUGUCAUCCAGCUGCUCAAGUGUUUAGAUGUGGAGGGCUGCACUGAAGUAGCUGAGCUGGCUGUAAAAGCAGUGCUCAAAGGUACUGAUCAGUGUGUACAUAUUCAGUGCACAUGGGCCAGUAGUAGUAGUCCAAGUUGAUUAAUGUUAGGUUAAGUUGUAUUUGUCAUAUCAGGUCUUUUUAGUCAUAACAGGUUACAUGCAUUUUCAAGCUAGAUUUAAAAAGCCUCUACAGGCCCAGAAAUAACUUUUUAAUUGACCAGCUUCCCUUUGUGGGCAUAGUAAGUCAUAGCAAUAGCUUAGAUCUUUGAAGCCUGAUUAGUACUAAAGCAGGUUUAAUUGAGUUAGCAUGUGGUAAACCCAGGAUUAGCACAAAUCAAGAAUGAACAUUAGGUAGCCAUGGCUACUUCUACAACACGGUCUGUAGACACUGGUGAAACCUUUCUUGGUAUCAUGUACAACUCUAUCAACAUUCUCGAACACAUUCAAUCUGUAUUAUAUCAUUCAAUGGAGUAGAAAAGUGUGUGUGGAUAUUUUUUGCUUGAACACCAACUGUCGUUUUUGCAUCCUGUGAUUAUCAUUGUAGGAUUGCCAAAAGAAGAUCUUCAAAUUUACAUCAACUUGUUAAAGAAGGGCCAGGAAGAGGAAGGUCCAGUAAGGAUCAAAUAUGAAACUCUUGAUGCUGAGACAGCAUUUUACUGGAGGUGCCUUGGAGAACAUGUUAAGACUAUGGGAGUUGAUGGUGAAGAGCUCUUGGAUGAACUUCUUCCAGAAGUGUCUGGGUUUUGCAAGUACAUUCAGGGGUAUGUUUUUUGUAUGACUGUGAAAGCUGUGAACUACAUGUAAUGGUAAGUAAAUUCUCUCUAAACACUCAGACACCUCCUUAGCACAGGACACAUAACAUGGACACUCAAUCUCUAUAGAAGACUCCUCUUAAAGACAUGGUUUCCAUUUACACAACAAGGGAAACUUUUGUAAAUGUGGCACAAUUGCUUUUGUGAUAUGGAAAUGCUUAUUAAUUUCAGGUAUGUGGAGAGCUGUUUAUGCAGUCACUCUUCAGAGGAGAAUUCAGAAAUUCAACACGUUUUUGUAAUCCAGCAACUUCUGACUUUGCUCGGCGUGGUUGACCUAUCUGAUGAAGUUGGAAGGUAUUUGCAGUGUAGCAUUUUAUGAAUGGAAAUACUACACCUACUCUUUUCCUCAAGUGUCAGUAAUUGUACAGUAACAUGGAGACAUAACUGAAAGUGAAAUUUGUAUGGGAAGCUGCACAUUAUUAAGCAGACAUGAGUUUUAGUUGUAGUAUAUUAAAAAAAUAGCCAAUUAUUUUAAAGGAAACAGAAAAUUAAUUCAAACCAAAGGUGUUUGAAGCAAACAGGCUCUAAAAAAGCAGUGAAGCAUGCAUAUGAAUCAUAUAAAUAUAUUCAAACUGUGCACAAGGCUUCACAGGUUUAAAAUAAUAGGCAAUUAGAGCAAGAACAAGCAAAUCUUUGUCAUUCAUCAAAAAUAAUAAUACUUCCUGUGAUUAAGUAUUGUAACAGUUAGAAGAAUGAAAGGGUUGCAAGAUCAAAUUAAGGCUGCAGUGCAAUUAACCAGGCUAAGAAUCCAUUUCUUUUUUCCAGGAAAAACCUCUGUCAAAUGCUGCACGACUUACUGGUAUUGCCAGAGGUUCCAGAGUCGCUAAUAGGAGUUCUUCAUGCCAGGUACAUGGAUAUUCAACCAGAAGAAAACAACAGAAUUCAGGAGCUGGUGGAGAUUAUUGCUGAUGUUAGACAACCCAUGGUCAUGAUAGAGUCUGCUCAAAACAAGGAGGAAAAACGACAAUGGGAACUUAAGGUUGUCCCUUGAUCAUGCACCUAGAGUCUCCGAUAUAAAUUCAUUUAACUGGCAGAACUAGUGCAUGUACCACGAUUUACUGAUUUAGACAGUUAUACUGCUAUUUGUGUUUUCUGUAACAUACAUGUAUGUCACCAACACCCAAAGCUCAAAUCCCAUGAACAACACUAUACACUUAAUGUCUGAUCUUGAGGGGAAACAGUUAGUUUUGUUUUCCCGAGAGUCUUGAUGUUUCCCGAGAUGAUGUAGAGGGAAGCAUCAGGACUCGAGGUUGGUCGUCAGGCUUGCAUUUUAUCAGAUGCCUCCUAAAACUCAGCUCAGUGACAACACAAAACAUUUGUUGACUCCAUUUGUAUUUCAGGUUGCUGGAAUUCGUGUCAAGCUGAACCAGUUCCGUGAUGAAAUGGAGCAAUGUGUGGUAAACCAGGAAUUUUCAAAAGCAGCAGAGCUAAAGCAGCAGAUCAUAGAACUAGAAGAGCAGAAAGAGUUACUUGAUUCACAGGAGAAUUCUUUCUCUCAGACAGUCAGGUCUGAAGAAAAGGUAAUAUAUGUUUCUAUGUGUGCUAUUCCCAUGAAGCAAGGAAAAAAAUGGAAAAUUGCAGAGAUGAGAAAACAUUAAUUUGAGUUUUCUGCAAAUGCUUGAAAAUAAAAAUGAGGGCAACAAAGAAUGGGGUAUGUGAGGGAGCCCAUAUUACGCAAGCUGCACAUGCAUGAAGUGAACACCUCUAGAUUGACAACAUAAAUGGAGCAAGCAUUUGCGGACAGCAUUGUUUGUUCCUCAGUUUGUUUAGGUGGUGGCCAGAAAAAAGGCUUAAUUAAAUGUACAUGUAACUUUUUAACUGUAAGGGUUUUGUGUGCAAAGAAUUCAGGAUUGAAUUGGUACUGAAUAUUACAUUUUCAGUCGUUUUAUUUUUCUUUGUCUCAGGAUGAUCCAGACACACUAUUGAAGUGUCUAACUGUUGCCUCCGAGAUGCUGCAGGGCGUGACCACAAGUGGUCUCAACCCUACUCUCAUGACAUUAGUUCAAACAUUGGUGAGCAUUUCUGAGUUACAAAAAACUCUUUGUAAUUCUCCAUUUGAACAAACGUCUACCUAACAGGGCUGUAUAUCUUUCAUUUCAUUAAUAGAACAUUUUAAAACACUAUGGAUGUAACUAGCCUCUUUUGCAGGUGCCGAUUAGUUUUUUUGGAUAGUUUUUAUAGAGCGUGUAGAGUGUGUCCUCGAAAUUUUUCCCUUUACCCUAACAAAAGGCAAGCUGGGAUGUAACUGUCUGUAACUCGACAUUUACAGCAAGAGCUGCUUAACAGGAGCUUGCUAGCUUGUGGGUGCCUAGAAAUUGUUUGUUGUUUCUAGAGUUUUGCUGAAACACAUACAAGUUGAAAAGUUUGCCAGCUAAUUCUCAGGUGGGGAGGAGGCAGCUGUUCACAGGCUAAGCCUCUAACAAAAUAAUUCUUUGUACUUGCAGCUGGAGACUGAUGGUACAACAGCUAAAAAAUAAUAAUCUUAAAUCUCUAUCUUUAUUAAUAUUCGAGGCUUUUGUAAUACAUUUGGCUUUGUUCAGGUCUGUAAACAGAGUUGAUUACCCCAAUCCCCAGCCAAUUUUAUUCAAAAUGAUAUUGUAAGAGUAUUUUCUUGAAGAAGUCAACAUAUAUCAACGGAAGGUUUUUGUACCAACUGACUCAAAAGCUACAACAACUGGCAAUAAAGUUUAGUUAUGUUGAGUUCUGAACACAAUCGAACUUUUUCGCAGAACAUGUAUUAACGUGAAGUUUGUAAAUGACUUUUAAUUCCAGAUCCUGCCUGGUGUACAGAAUGAGGAUCCUUUAGUGCGGAACAUGGCUGUCAGGUGUUUGGGCCUGUCUGCCUUACUUUCCUGUGAAUUUGCUCGUACCCAUCUUGUUCUAUUUCUUCAGGUAAUAUCGCAGUGGUAAUGCUUAUUAACAAGGGCUAGAUUUUACUAGAAAGAGAGUGGAGUCAGUCAUAUUUAAUAGUCGUGAAAGCGCUUGUGACGAUGAAAAAAUUAACAAUAGGUGACAUAUGAAACAGAGUCGCAAAAUUCAAAACGUUGCCAUUUCCUUCCAUCUCCGUUUUCUAUCUAGUGCGAACCAGAUGCUUGUUGGAUGCUCCGUUGGUUUGAUUUUCCUUCUGUAUCGUCUACUCAGCGCUUCUGAUUACAAUUUUGACUCCGUGUGUUAUGAAAGCCGGCUUCAGUAAACUGACUCUCAUGCACUAAACGUGGCGUCCACAGAAUCUGCAAGAAGUAUUAAUUUUUUAAUUCGGUCUUUAUACCUGAAUCUGUGAAUUUAACACAAAGAUCACCAAGCCUAUUUUUCAUUUGCCUCAUGGUUUAACACUCCCCCCUCUUGGUGCAUUCACAAAAGUACGUGGGCAUUAAUUACUUAAUUUCCUAUCCUCAUUUCAUCUAUGUUUUUGCACAUGUUGCAGUUUACAUUCGCAUGUUUCACGGGGCCUGUUCACAGUAUUAGUGGCGUCAUUGCUCAGUUGAUUAGAGCAUCGCAGUGGUGGCGCAAAUUAUUAAAUGGGUUUAAACUCUGGCUUCUUUCCGCAGUUGCUGAUGCGUUCGUACCCGCGGCGUUCACCUUUUCAUUAAAAAAAAUGAGACACUCACAGUAAAUAAAGAAAAGCCAGCCGAUCUGGUGAUAAAUUUGUCUACUGGCUUUUUAGUUCAACUGUUUACUAGGGAAAUAGAAUCAAGCAAAUUGUCGCAUUUGUUUUUUGCACUCGCAGGUUGCCCAACUUGACCAGGAACUUGUCCGAGUAACAGCUCUCCAAGUUGUCUUUGAUCUUCUUCUCAAGUUUGGACUCGAGGCUUUUAAAGUCAAUGCUGCUGUCCCUGACCUGGACAACAGUGAACCAAGCACAGUUUCAGAACAGGACAAAUCCGGGACAGAGGACGAUGAGGAAGAAGCAGAAACUGAAGAAGGAGAAGCUGAAAAUAAAAAGGAUGAUGAACACGAUGAGAUCCCAGCUCCUGACACAGAUACAGCAGCUAGUGUGUUGACCAUACUUACAGGAAUUCUAGAGAGUGAGGUACUGUUGACCAGGUUAGCGGUACAUCAGUGCCGGUAGAUACGUGCAGCACAAGUCAGAACAGCUUGCAUUUUAGAACAUUGUUUUCAGCCUCCUUCCCAGUCGUCCUCGGUGAUUUCGAAUGUGACUUCACCUUACUUCACCUGUCAAUAUCGCACUCGGUUCCAACCCCCCUUCCACUCACUCGAAUAGCGCGAACAGGCCUGUGGCCUUGCCUGUGGACGAGGUUGCGUACGUUUUAUUUUGAGUAUGCAAGUCUAGCUACAAAAGCAGCUCUCCCAUAUUUUUUCUAUUGAGCAUCUUCAAGUGAAUUUCCUCUAUCAUGUAUGUGUAAGUGUGUUGAAGUGGAGCGGGGUUCAACUUUUAUAAGCGCGACCUUUCAUACACUGCAGAAAGUGGAAUUCCACCCUUAUAGCAUUUAUUUCUUGGAUUUUAUUCGUAUCCUUCACAGAGUAAUGAUCUACGCAAUGUUGCUGCCGAGGGUCUGGCCAAGCUGCUGUUAUCAGGCCGUGUUCUUAGUGCCAAACUAUUCUUACGUCUGUUGCUGUUGUGGUAUAAUCCCACCACUGAAGAUGAUGUCAACUUGAGGCACUGUCUGGGUGUGUUCUUCCCUGUAUUCGCCUUUGCCUCACGGUAUGUACCUGUUCUCAAGUGCAGCAAGGCAAUUGCAGAGGGUCUACAAGGAGAGGCACUAACGAAGAUGCUGAACAAUGCAUUUUUAAUAAUGUGAAGGAGUCGUUUUUUGUAGUUAUGUAGUCUAUUGCUUUUGCUUGAAACUUAAGAGUGCAAAUAACGUUUUUGCUUAUGGGAAUAUCAAAGGAAACUCUUAGCUAAAAAUGGCGACUAAAGAGUAUUAGCUAGCGACCAAAAUGUUUGGAUUGUGUCGCCCGCAUCACCAAGGCUCCUUAACAGAAAAUUUAAUUCGGACCCUGCUGAUGUAAGUGAAAAGCUGCAAAAAAAAAAAAAAAAAACAGCUGCAGUAUUAGGUUACGAAAGGUUCGCUUUCUGAUUGUGUUUGUGAAUUUAGUGCUGUAAAACUAAAGGAGGAAAGAUUUUGCUCGACCACUUAGAGUCAAUAAGUAUAAGAGGUUUCGAUCUGUCUGAACUACUCUCAUUUGGACAACCACACUAGACAGAAUACUACCACUGCAAUACAUACCUACUCCAUUGACUAUUUGACCAACUCGCAUCUGUCCACUGUAUUUUUUAGCACGAACCAAGAGCUUGUGGAGGAAGCCUUCCUUCCAACUCUGCAGACAUUGUUUAGUGCUCCUGUGUCAUCUCCACUAGCGUCAGUAAACGUAAAUAACGUGGCUGAGCUGUUGGUGCAACUGACAAACUCUAAAUAUUUGGCAAAGCAAGGAAACUCCAUUGACAACACUGAGGUACAUAUGCGAUUAGUAGAACACAGUUGAAUCAGUAUUUGACGAUAGACAGGUGUUGNUCGCUUUCUGAUUGUGUUCGUGAAGUUAGCGCUUUAAAACUGAAGGAGGAAAAAUUUUGCUCGACUACUCACCCUGGCAGAUAUUGAGAGUCAAUAAGUACAAGAGGUUUCACUCUGUCUGAACUACUCUAAUUUGGAAAACCGUACUAGACAGAAUACUACCACUGCAAUACAUACCUACUCCAUUGACUAUUUGACCAACUGGCAUCUGUCCACUGUAUUUUUUAGCACGAACCAAGAGCUUGUGGAGGAAGCCUUCCUUCCAACUCUGCAGACAUUGUUUAGUGCUCCUGUGUCAUCUCCACUAGCGUCAGUAAACGUAAAUAACGUGGCUGAGCUGUUGGUGCAACUGACAAACUCUAAAUAUUUGGCAAAGCAAGGAAACUCCAUUGACAACACUGAGGUACAUAUGCGAUUAGUAGAACACAGUUGAAUCAGUAUUUGACGAUAGACAGGUGUUGGACAGUCUUUAUUAAUGGUUCAAUUUUAUCCUUGUAUAAAGUGUUAUCUUCCUCUGUGUAUAAUGUGUGAUAAAGAGUUUGAAACAAAGGGAAAUAAAUUUUAAAUCAAGGAUUAAAUUAAACCACCAAAUGUAUACACCAUCACAGCUUUCUUCAUCUAGCCGAUUCGAACCUUCUUCCGUUCAGCAGGCUUUAGCAAUAGUCGUUCCCGCGGAAAUAUUCUUUAUGUUUCCUAUAAAAUAAUAUGAAUCACAAGUAUGGACUAUGCAGUAGAAGGGAUCCCGAGCCCUACCUUUAGACACGACGCAGUAGCGCACCUUUUUAACAGAAAAAAGUCCCUAGUACUAUAUACAGAUCUUUUUUGUGCCCCUGUGACUUUACACUCUGUAGUCUAGCACCUUACUAAUUGACCUGUUAAACAAUAUUACUGAAAAAGGCGCCAUUUUGUCAUCUUAUACUAAUUGAGAAUGUCUUCUUACAGGUGUCUAGCAUUCAUGUAUCGCUGAGUCUAGCAGUGGCCAAUGAGAUCUUAUCUGCUCCCGAUGCACCUGGUGCACGGGUGCUCUGCAAGAUCCUCACGAUGAUGGACCUUACUGGCUGCGCACAGUCAACCAUCAAAGAAAUGAAAAUUCUAACUGCAAGAAUGAUUGAGGUACCUGUGAUGCUAUGCAUACGUUUUCUUUUUGAAUCAUCGCCAGCGUCAUUGCACAGGCCCAUACCCUACACAAAAUGUACAGGGUUCGCCAGAUUUACCGUAACCUUUUUUUUGUUUUGGUCCAUUUAAAAAUGCUGUUUGUGGGAGUUUCGUCACAACUACGAGCGCAACGCAAAAAAAGACAAUGCCUUUACAUUUUGUAAAUAUAAAAUCACAAUUUUCAGAAGAAGUUUUAAACUAGCUAUUACUUGUACAAUACUUCUUUUAAAUUGUUGAAAAUCAGAUGAUCUCCCUGAAUCUGAAUGGCUAUUUUUCAAUGUCUCUGACAAGUACAAUAACCUAAUCCAUUUUCUCAUGAUGAUAUUUAUCAUAUCAAAUACGUGUUUCUAGGCUAUUGAGGAUACUGUGUCUUUGAAAGCACUAAAUAAAUUUCAGAAGUUGCUGCUGGUUCUGACAGAUUCCGAAAACGGUAAGAUAAGAAGUGACAUUUAUACUUUUCUCAGUUACGGGGAGGUAAAAGUUAGUUCAUGUUGCAAUUAUCUUUGUACCAGUGAGAUAACAAUACAUAUUUAUACUGUUUGUCCGCCCGUUUCUGUAAUGCGAGAACCUCCAAUCUUUUGCUGUUUUCUCUGAAAUAUAACUGUUUAGAUCGCUUGUCUUUUGAAGAUUCAUCAUGCCGCUGGGUUAGUUCAGCAAUUUGGCUAUCGAGUGUUGUUGCUUUGCCGGAUAUGUUAAUCAUAAACAAUGUAUUUCAUUUAAACGGUUUGAUACAGAAGGUGGAGAUGCCUCGCAGACAGAACCUGAGGAGGUUACGGCCCAAGGACAUGCCCAGGAAACAGAAGGUUCGUAUGAGACUAAUGGAGGUGAAACAGUCGUACCUAAUAUGGAAUCCUCCGAGAUAUUCCAAGGGACUGACUAUCCAUCUGAAGAUGGGGCGCCCACAGAAAGGCUGCAAUGUCACACAGAAGAGACAGAUGCACCACUUAGUGGUGAGUGAGCUUAUAUUGAUUUGAAGUAUUAAAGUAGUGUAGUGUGCCUCCAUUUGACCCGAUUUGAAGAGACGCCAAUUUAGCCUUGUGUUCAAUUCCUGUGAGAAUCGCCUUCCACGGGUCAACGCAACCAUCUCGAAGAUGGCAACUGUUAUAUCUUGAGAACAUUAAUCGGGCACAACAAGUCAAUGUUAUACGACGAGCUGCUCACUACGGCUAGCAUGAAAUCCUUAUAUUGUAGGCGCUUACAACAGGCGUUAAUACUUCAUUUGAAAUGCUUAAAUGGUACGGGACCUACUUAUAUUGGAAGCCUUUUUAAAUACAGCCAUACACCGUAUAGGCUAAGAGGCGAGGGCUUGAAUUUGGAAUUGCCUAACUUUAAUCUUAAAUUUAAGAAGAAUUCUUUCACUUAUUCAUUAACUAAGUUAUGGAACAGUUUGCCUUCUCAAGUGCGUCUUUCAAGUGAUGCUAAUGACUUCAGAAGUAAAUUGCACGACUGUAGCUUUUUAGAACGUCUUAUAGAGUAGGAUUGUAGCUUUUAACUGUUUUAAGAACGAGUAUUAUAGUUUUCCUAGUCACGUUUUUAGUAUGUGGCUUUUUAGUCGGUUUUAGCUUUUAAUAUUUUAUGUUUUUAUUACCAAGUUUUUUCUAUGUAUAUAUUUAUUGAGUUGUUUUUAAAAUUGAAUAAUUUUAUAUAGCUGUAAUUAUUAUAGAUUUUAUUUAUACACGUUCGUAUUUUGAACGAGUUUUUUAGCUCUUUGACGUAACGUGUUAAAAUCGAUGAUUGAUUGAUUGAUUGAUUGAUUGAUUGAUUGAUUGAUUGAUUGAUUGAUUGAUUGUGUAAAAAUUGUUUCUAAAUAAUAGGGCGUUUGACCUGCCAUGCUUAAGGUAUCGGAUUUGUGUGGCAAGGUAUGCUCACGCUUCGUGUCAACCAAACAGCAGUUAAGGCAAGGCCUACUGAGUCUUGUCGGAAUACGUUUUUCCUUGCUGAUUGCCACCUUGAUGACUUAUAUUGAGUUCUGGCUUUUACUUGCGUUUCUUGUAGUCGGCAGCUCAUGUCCUGUACUUCUGUCCGGCCGUAAUUUGUGCCAUGUGCAAUCUUUCUUGCUGAUUUUAGGAUAAAAAUAAUUUCAUUUUCUUAAUGCAUCAGUACAUGUAUUUUCAAAAAAGUUUUUUUUUUUCUGUUGUUAGUUUCAGAGAAUACAUGUGAGGUUCCACACAAUGACAAAAUUCAAACUGAAAGUAGACCACCAAAAUCUAAAACUAGAGCAAAGAGCAAGAAAAAAACAACAAAAUCAACCGCUGAGGUGAACCAACUAAGGUAAGAUGUGUUGAAUAGGUAUAGAUAAAUUGCUGCAUCUUGAUUGCAACAUGUUAUUUUGUUUGUGAGAGGUUCUAAAUGUUCUUCGCGGUCAAGUUAUAGCAAGCCCUGGCGCUUCUCUUUCUCGUGCCUCACACUUGGUGUUUGCGCCAGCACACAUUUUAAUUUACGAGGACAAGCCUAAUCUGAAGUUACCUGGGAGCUAUUUCAGCCUUUUUUCAUUGCGUUUUGAUUUUUGUUUUUUUUAGUCCCUCCCGUGUGAUGAGCGAAGACACGCCAGUAAGACGAACAAGAUCUACCAGGUACAUUAAUAGAGUGCUUUAGAUGAUCAUUUUCAGGCUUGGCAAUAAUUUUCUUAUUAGGAAGGACAUAUAUCUGACCAUGUCACCGUUUUUGCUGGACACACCAGAAGAGCUGUUGAAAAUACAGUCGACUCUCUCUUAGCGAACACUUUUAUAAAGACGGCCACCUAGAAUCGGUCCUUGGCUUUCUUUACUCCCUUCAUUUGACUUCUCUGUGAGACGGAAGUCACUCUUCGACAGCGGUUCCAAAGGUGUUUGUGUUAAAGUUAACUUUACACUAGAUUGACUUUUAAAGUUUCUUUGUUUACUAUGCGAGUCUUCAGCUACAAAAUGCUGGCAUGUCCGGUUUCAUGUGGGAUUUCGUCGGACAUGAGCAGAUUCGAUUCCGAUGACCGACUGUAAUUUGCAGCUGUACAUUAAUUUUAGGCGCAUGUGAUGAGAGUGACGCACUCUAGUAUACACGCACUUGCCAUCUUUCUUCGGGCUUAUCGCUGUGCUUUCCCGCGCCCAACAUUUCUCUUUUUUGAACGUUUCCCAUACGCUCGCUCGCUGAACGUUAGAGCCCAUGGACGCUUUCCAUUCAACCCAGCAUUCCGGAAAUUUCGGUUGGUACAUCAAAUGGAACGGACCAUUUUGGUUUGGUCCGACCGGAAUAUUCGGGACCAGCUUUGAAGGUGGUCCACCUUGACCGGACCGGUUAUCUCGGUCGGUCGGACCGAAAUGGCCCUUUCCAUUUGACAAAAUUGUUGUCCCCAGUAACGUUCUUUUGUAUCCUACUUUAACUAACAAGAACAAUAACCAGACAUAUUUACAGUCGUCGCUUCUCUCCCUCCGGAAUGUACCGUUCCAACAGGCUGGUGGAAUUUCCGAAAUUGUGUUGAAUGGAAAGUGCCCCAUGUCUUUGAACGGGAAUUUCGCGAGGAAGUUCCUUUUUUUCUCUCAACACAGCGUUGCAAUUUUAAGGAUAUUUUACACGGGACGAUUUACUGCGAAAUGUUUUAGCGCAACACAAUUGUGCACGCGUGAUCCGUUGGAAACGGACGUGUUACACGGAACGUUUUUUGGCGCAACAAAGGAAGCGAAAAGGGUACACAAAAGGCGUCGCGCAGAAAAUUGACAACACGUAUGUUACAUGAAACACGGAAUUCGUGACUUGUCGCAAGUUUUAGAGCCUCUUCAAAAAAUUGCAACGCGAAAAUUGGGCAGAAAAUUGUAAGCGCAUUCGGCAUUAACUCUUAACGCAACAUCGUUGCGAUAAAAAUCAUCGUUGCGAAUCGUCUUGUGCAACAUCACUUAAGACAGAACAAAUCACUGACUGAUCGUUUUAUUCACAGGAAAAGCAAGAAGGAUGCUGGCAAAAAGUUAGCUACCUCCGCGAUAAAUUCAGAUGAGGACAACAGUGAAAAGGAAAAUGUUUGCAACGAUUCCGAUGAUGUUUUUGCCUGAAUCAGCUGUUAGUGGCAUCUAGAUUUACAAACUAUCCAUUAGUAUGUUUCAACUUGAAAACUUUAACUCAUGUAGAUUGAUCUUGUGAUUCAACUGACAGUUGUACGGUUAACAUGUGGUCAGUAACUUACACACAAAUUCGUUUUUUACAUAGAUUUCUUCUGAGAUUUCGGUUUGUCGAAUAUUUCGCCACACUGAAGUCCUCCGCUAAAGGAUGUAAAUAAACAAAGUGAAAUGCGAAAGUCCUGCUCAGAUUCUUGUCUUAAUCCGAAAGUGAGGGUUGUCCAACCGAAAAACAGCCGGCCCCACCAUGUUUUAAUGCAAC